AAAGCCUAACCAUAGAAAAAAAAGGGAGUGCAGAGAAGACGGGGGACAUUGAACAAAGCCUUAAACCAAACCCCAUUUUUGUCUCAACAGCAGACACGAGGCAACUACAUGCCUUAAAGCAUUGACCACCCUGUUUUGUCUCUUGUUCAAAAUUUCAAGUUUCAACACUCCAUGCUAUAUAUAUUUUACCUAUAGAUCACCCACAGCUUUAGGAUCAAUAAUCUAAGGCUUUUUUUUUUCCCUUUAUUUUUUGUGUUUGUAUAAUAUUCUUAGCCCACAAACAAGAUGGCUGAAGGAGAAGCAAAUGCAAAUGAAACUUCACGUCAAGCACCUAAGUUGAAUGAAAGGAUCCUUUCAUCUUUAUCAAGGAGAUCAGUUGCUGCACAUCCUUGGCAUGAUCUUGAGAUUGGGCCCGAUGCUCCGAAUGUUUUCAACUGUGUUGUUGAGAUAGCAAAAGGUAGCAAGGUCAAAUAUGAACUUGACAAGAAAACCGGAAUGAUUAAGGUCGAUCGAGUUCUGUAUUCUUCGGUGGUCUAUCCACACAACUACGGUUUCAUCCCUCGUACACUAUGCGAAGACAACGAUCCAUUGGAUUGUUUGGUUAUAAUGCAGGAACCUGUUGUUCCCGGAUGUUUCGUGCGAGCCAGAGCACUUGGACUAAUGCCAAUGAUUGACCAGGGGGAGAAAGAUGAUAAGAUCAUUGCAGUUUGUGCCGAUGAUCCCGAAUACAAACACUACACUGAUAUCAAAGAACUUCCUCCUCACCGCCUUACCGAGAUCAAACGUUUCUUCGAAGACUACAAGAAAAAUGAGAACAAAGAGGUGGCAGUGAAUGACAUUUUACCUUCAAGCACUGCAUUUGAAGCCAUACAGCAUUCAAUGGACCUGUAUGGAGAGUACCUUCUGCAAACUCUGAGUAAAUAGGCAAAAAGAAGCUAUUUUUAUCAAUUCAUCAUGCAUCAUGUUCAUAAUACUAAAUAAAACAAUCUUGCCAAUAAGAUUGAUUACAUUAUUUUUUUGUAGUUAUUGAAAAUUAUAUUAUUGUUUACUGGAUUGAAAGUUAAAAUUCUCUUGUAGGGGAAAAACAAAAUUGAUAAACACAAUGUUGAUCACUUACUAGAAUGGUGAUUGGGAUUUUCUCCUAUCUUCUGUAAUCUUUGUAGAGAUAUUUUUGAUGAAUAAUAAUAACCUUACUGAAACAA